AGGUGGUGGCGGAAACCGGAAAGGCAAGAGUAAGAAAUGGCGCCAGAUGCUGCAGUUCCCCCACAUCAGCCUCUGCGAGGAUCUUCGACAAACCCUCGAGCGGGACUACCACAGCCUGUGUGAGAAGCAGCCCAUCGGGCACAUGCUCUUUCGGCAGUUCUGCGAGACGCGACCUGAGCUGUCACGCUGCGUCAAGUUCCUGGAUGCCGUGGCAGGGUACGAAGUGGCUCCAGAUGAGAAGCGGAAGGAAUGCGGGCAGCGCCUGAUUGAAAAGUACUUGAAGCCAAACAGUGAGGACCAUGUGCCUGAAGUUCCCUCGCAGCUGGUGGAUGCCUGUUGUGAGAGGCUGGAGCAGGAACCUUCCAAGGAACUCUUCAAGGAAUCCACUAAGCUUAUCCACGACUACCUGAGUGUGGCUCCCUUUGCUGACUACCUCGACAGCUUGUACUUCAACCGCUUCCUGCAGUGGAAAUGGCUGGAACGGCAGCCAGUGACCAAAAACACUUUCCGCCAGUACCGUGUGCUGGGCAAGGGCGGUUUCGGGGAGGUUUGUGCCUGCCAAGUGCGUGCCACAGGGAAGAUGUACGCCUGCAAGAAGCUGGAGAAGAAACGGAUCAAAAAGCGGAAGGGAGAGGCCAUGGCCCUGAAUGAGAAACAGAUCCUGGAAAAAGUGAACAGUAGGUUUGUAGUGAGCUUAGCCUAUGCAUAUGAAACUAAAGAUGCUCUCUGCCUAGUGCUGACCCUCAUGAAUGGAGGGGACCUCAAGUUCCAUAUCUACCACAUGGGAGAGGCUGGCUUCGAGGAGCCCCGGGCAGCUUUCUAUGCUGCCGAGAUCUGCUGCGGCCUCGAGGACUUGCACCAGGAGAGGAUAGUGUACAGGGACCUGAAGCCAGAGAACAUACUGCUGGAUGACCACGGUCACAUCCGUAUUUCAGACCUGGGGCUAGCUGUGCAUGUGCCGGAGGGCCAAACAAUCAAGGGCCGGGUGGGGACAGUUGGCUACAUGGCUCCGGAGGUGGUGAAGAACGAGCGCUACACGUUCAGCCCAGACUGGUGGGCUCUGGGCUGCCUGGUGUAUGAGAUGAUCGAGGGACAGUCCCCCUUCCAGCAGCGCAAGAAGAAGAUCAAGCGGGAAGAGGUGGAGCGGUUGGUGAAGGAAGUGCAGGAGGAGUACUCGGAGAAGUUCUCACCUUGCGCCCGCUCCCUCUGCACCAUGCUCUUGUGCAAAGACCCUCUGGAGCGCCUGGGGUGCCGAGGAGCUGGGGCCAAGGAAGUGAAGGAGCACCCUCUGUUCAAGCACCUCAACUUCAGGAGGCUGGAAGCAGGCAUGCUGGACCCCCCCUUCAAGCCAGAUCCCCAGGCCAUCUACUGCAAGGAUGUUCUGGACAUCGAGCAGUUCUCCACGGUGAAAGGGGUGGAGCUGGAGCCCACAGACAAUGACUUCUACCAGAAGUUUGCUACAGGAAGUGUCCCCAUUCCUUGGCAGAAUGAGAUGAUCGAGACGGAGUGCUUUAAGGAGCUGAAUGUCUUUAGCACAGACGGCACGGUGCCCCCAGACCUGGACUGGAAAGGGCAGCCUUCUCCACAGCCCAAAAAAGGAUUACUCCAGCGCUUAUUCAGCAGACAGGACUGUUGUGGAAACUGCAGCGACAGUGAGGAAGAGCCCACCCGGCUGUAGAGCACAGCUUGUUCUCCAGCCUUUGGGACCCCCUUGCCUCUCCGGGUGCCCAGCAGAACAACCACCCAGCCUGAAGGACAAGGUAGCAGCGGCCCCGCAAGGUGGAUUUGUUUACAGCUUUACAUGUCUGUAUUUGAAGACUGUGAGGAUGGCUCCAGGGCUGGUGGCAGCACACGGGUCGUGCUGAGGUGCCUCUGACCGUGCGCAAGCCCUCGUCCCUGAGACAGACCUGGAUCCUUCUUAAUCUGCCCCUUGGGAUUGUGCUGCUGCCGCCCGCCAGCUGCCGCUCCCCUCCCGGACCCAGGGUGGGAGGGAGGGAUUGCACCGGCGUGGGCCAAGGCCAGGCUGGAGCAGCUCUGCUGACACAUUCCACAGUGCCAAAGUGGCACUGCAGGUUUGGUG